UCGUCCGCCAUGAUUCUUCUGCAGAUGUUUUCAGAGCACCACAAACUGGGGAUAUAUCACGCUAAGCUAAGGGCACGACGCGCUCCACUUAAACCAGUUUCAAUGCACUCAACGACGUUAUAGAUACACCACAGUCUCCAAGAAAAUAUACAUUCUUGGGUUAUGGCGACCAAUGCCGGAGAUGAUGAUUUUGAUGAAUAUGAUAAGCCUGGUGCUGAAAGGUCAAGACGACGAAGAGGAGAGGAUGAUGACGACUUGGACAGUGAUUUGGAGGGAGACUUGCUUGAAGAAGAUUGGCUAUCGUCAAAAAAGAACCCAUCAGAGUUGUCAGAUGAAGAACUAAAUGAUGACCUCCUGCAAAGUGAUGAAGAGGACCAAAAUGCAAGUGGGCAGGUUGAUUCAUUGAGUUUAAAUGCCACACAAGAUCUGGGAACCUCAGGUCACCUCAACGUUGAAGACCCUGAAGGAGGCCGAUAUACAGAAAAUGCCUACAAUGAGACAGAAGAGGGUUUCUUUCAGGAUGUAGCAUAUGAGGAAGAACAGUACCAAGGAGGGGAUGAAGGUCUGGAAUACUCAGGAGAGCAGAAUUAUGAGGGCUAUCAAGAUGAAGUGCUAGACCUUCAGAUAGAUGAGCCACUGGAUGACGAUUUUCAAGUGGAUGAGUACCCCGCUGAGUACAGUAAAGUGCAGACUGACCAACAGAAAAUGGCUGAAGAAGAGGAGGAGUUUGAAGAGCAAACUGAGGAGCACGAUGGCUCUCAGGUCACAGAAUUUGAGGAGGUUGAGCAUGAAAAUGAUCCAGAAGCCGAAGGUGAGCCAGAGCAGGACGACGAUGUGAAGGAGGAGUCUGAAGAAGAAGAGGAAGAUGAUGGAGAAUCUGGCCGUCUGCGAUUUAAGAUCGAACGCAAAGAUGCCACAGUGGUCAGGCUAUCCGAUGCUGCCAGUAAAAGAAGAAACAUCCCAGAGACGUUAGAGCUCUCAGAGGAAGCUAAAGCAGACCUACAGGAGUUUGAAGAGAAGGAGCGUCAGAGAAAGCAGGGCCGUUUUGGAGGACGAGGAAGAGGGGGGCCACGAGCAGAUGGAGGGAGGGGAGGAAUGGCAGGUAGAGGUGGGGUCAGGGGAAGAAUGGGAGGAGGACGAGGCGGAAGAGGCGACUUUUAUCCGUUUGGAAUGGGAAUGGGAAUGGGGAUGGGAGAUCGAGGGCGAGGGAGAAUACAUGACCAGAGGCCUCCAUUGAUGCAAGUGAACGUAGGAAUGCAGCAGCAGCUCAGAAUGACGGCUCAACUCCAUCAUCAUCACCAUCAUCAAUCUCGUCUAUCCAGCCCCAGAGGUGCUGGUGGUCCUGGCCUUUUCCCAGGUCCAUGCACCCCGAUUCCUCCGCAACCACUGCCGCUAUUGAUGCCACACCUGACCCAACGUUCCUCAGGACCUUCCAGAGCACAACACAACACGCACGGGCGCAUGAUGAGCUCGCCGCCACGACACACGCACCCCAGCCAGCAACAUCAACAGCACCAACCCAAGAACAUUCACAUCAACCCUCACUUCAGAGGACCAUCCUCCUCACCUGUGCAAGUUCCCUCAAUGCCUCCCGUGCAGAACCAGCCAAGGCCUAACAUCACUCUACAGAGACUCCCGGCUCCUGAUUUUCCACAGCACCUUCAAGGAAACUUUGGCCCACCUCGGCCCCUGCCCCUCCAGGAGCCAUGGAGAGGACCACCGCCACCUCACCAGGAUCGAGAGCACUUUUUCGCUAGUGAACCACGUUUUCCUGGCCAGCACAUAUUUGACCAACCAGGCCCUGUCCCCCUCAUGAAUACCAGUAUUCUUCCGUUGCCGGGGCAAGGCCCUCCGCCUUUCCCUCCGCAAGGGGGGCUUGGGGGUCCGGGUUUUGGUCCUCUAGGUGUUGGGCAGAGCCAGGGUCUUCAGGGAGGCGGUCUUUUCCAGAGAGAUCCCCCUCGGCCUGGUUUGGCCCCACCUCCUGGUCCCCGUGGCUUUGUUGGUCACAGACAGUCCUUCUCACCCCAGCAGCCAGGACCCCCUUUUAGCCCCCAGCACAUGCCAUUUGGUAUGCAGGUACGCCAGAGAGGUCUGUUGCAGCAGCCUCUGCACCAUGAUCCUCCGCUAUCUCACCAGUCCUUGCACCAGCAACACAGACCGGACUUUCUCCCACAGGGACUGCCUCAGCCUCUGCACCAACAGCACCACCAACACCAGUCACGGGACCAACAUCCCAUCGUGCCUCUCUCCCAGUCCCAUUACCGCCACCCUGACAGACAGCCAAACCAUAGACAGAUGCAGCCCCACCAACAGGGAAACCAGCAACGAAACAACCAUCCUAGACCCAGAACGACACUAUCUUCACCCCUGCAGCAGAUCCCUCCUCAGCGCAACAGCAACCUUCGUGAGCUGCCCAUCGCCACUGGUAACAGCAAUAUGAACCCGUCAGCACCUAGUGGCCAAGCAAAGCCAGUUACCAAGGCAACACAGAGUGUUAGACCGGGGCAGGCUCGUGGUGGACUCGCAGGAAGGGGAAGACCUGUGGCGCAAGGACAAGCCGUUAUCAGAGUACAGCAGCAACAGCAGCAGCCCAAUGCACCUGAGAUAAAGAAAGAGCAUCGAGCCGCACAGUCGAGCACCACUCCAGAGGAUCCAAAUGAAGAUGAGGAGACCCGUCAGUACCGGCUAAAGAUCGAAGAACAGAAGCGUCUGCGAGAAGAGAUCCUCAGGCGUAAAGAGCAGCGCAGGCAGAUGCAGGCUGGGAAACGCAAACAGGAACUAAUGGAAAGAAUCAGCGGGCAGAACCCAAAUCAGACCCCUCAAACACAACAUCCCACCCAGACCCCUAUACCCCAACCCUCCGGUGCCCAACCGGUCCCCUCACUGGUCUCUAAUGGCACAACUCAGAACCUUUCCUCAGCUCCCAGUGCCCCACGUUUGAACGUGAAGGCCUCUCUGCAGAACGCUAAACCCCAGGGGCAGGCUGGGCAACAGAAGCAACAGGUCACUGGUCCUGAUUUCAACCAGCAAGCACAGCAGAAAAGGCCCGUGAAUCCACAGACUGUUCAGAGACAGAAUGCUGUUCCGAGUAGCCCUGUAGAGGGGCACGGCAUGCCUCAACCUCAACCCGGAGGAAAGAGGACAGUGAUGCAGCGAGCAAACAGCGCGGAAUCACCGCAGGUUCCACAGAAGGUGCGAGUGAUUAAGCUACUGGGAGAGCAGGCAGCUGCUGGUCCCACUACCGGUCCCCUACCUCAGCAGCAGCCAAUCGGACGGCUUGCCCCCCAACAGAGACUGGGUCCCAUCAGGAAAGUUACCAUGGCAACUGCCGGUGUACAAAAUCAACAACAUGCCGGUCGCGGCAUGGCAAACCAAACAAACCGGAUGGUAGUCCGGGGUCGAGGCCGUGGUGGGGGACGCAUGAUGAUGCAACAGGGCCACAGAGCUCCGAAUCAUCAGCCCAGCGCCGUCUGCAUUGAGGGUUUGUCCACCACUACAACCAGCAAACAGCUCUUGAACCUGCUCAACUCUAUCGGCCCUGUUGAGAUGUUUACAAUGAUACCCGAGCAGCGGAAAGCCAUCGCCAAGUUUAAGAUCCCACAGCAUGCAACAAGUUUCCAGCACAGCUUUCACAGGCACAUGAUAGAUUUGUCUCACAUCGAUGUUUCUGUUAUUGAUGGCUGAGGAACAAGUGAAUUCAUCAGAAGUGCAGAAAAGAGAAGCGAACAAGAAACUUUUGGGAAAGCUGGAAGCUCAAUCUGGAGUCCAAAGCAUUGGAAGCUGUGUGGAAGUACUGUCAACAAUUGAAAAACGAAUGCAUGAAGGAAUCAAAAACACUAGAUGGGGCCUGCGGGACACGACAGCAGAUGAGCUAAUGUUGAGAAUGACUUCGGCAUGGCGUUUUGCUCUUUCUGUACAUUCAUUUGUAUUUGAAAGUCAGCAAAUAGAGGGGAAAACUCUUUUUAGUCUGAACCAGUCGGUGAAAAGAGAUGACACAAAAACAGUAUGUGUGGCAGAUGAUAAUAGUUGCUCCCAUCCUGUAACUUUCAAGACAAAUAAGAAAAAAAAUAUUUUGAAACUAGAAAUGCAGGAAGUCUUGCUUAUUUGGAAUUGCUUCUCAUUAACAUUAUUAAGUUGGUGGUUGUUCUGAUCUGCAGUUCGUUGUGCCGCCCGUAGAGUGCAGCAGUGGAAUGCAAAUCUGCUCUGGUGGGACUCUUUGGUUUCGAGAGCAUUUGGACAUAAAGGUGAACUGCGCUGCAUUGUAGAGGUAUUGAGAUGCAGUGAUAAGGGGCAUUUUUGUUGAGCUUUUCCAGGAUCCGAACUGUCGUGAACUUACUGUAAGAUUGCAAAACUGUAAUUUGUUGCUCUAUUGUUAUGAUCUUAACUUUGUUCAUUGUCCAUUUCAUCUUUAUAAUUCUAUUCCACGUUGAUUAGAUUGCGAAGGUGUGUUUUUGCAGAGCUGGAGUGAUGAUGCAUGGCUCAUCUGUGGCUUUAAGACAUGGUCCUUGCAAUGUUUCAAAUUAUUUGACAGUUGGUGGCUUUUAUGCUUUGAUUUUAGGUUUAGAUGCUAGCAUGUAGCGUAUGUCGAUUAUUUUAAUCAAUUUAAUUGAAAUAUUGCUGAAUUGGGUAUGAAGGUCAGUUGAAAACCCACUCCCUUUUUUGGUAGUACAUUCUUUUAAAAUGUUUGGUUUUCUUUUCUAAAAAUGUGGCAAAUAUAGUGUGUGAAUGUGGAUGAUAUCCAUAGGAUUUUAUUGCAUUGUGUUGCUUUGUCAUUGCUUGGUUUGCUUACCUGAUAUAGAUUGUCUCUUGGGCACUACAUGCUUUUGUCAUUUGUUUAUGAGCAGGGAUAUUCGGACUGUUACCAGUGUAUAGCUAGACGUUUGCCUCUAGUCGAUGUUUAGUUUGUUGUUUUGAAGUUUAAAGUAAAACUGUAAAAUACGGCUCACUAGCUGAAUUGUUUUUUGUAGUAUUUUGUUAGGCUUAGACACUUAACCUACAAGUACAUCUCAUUCAUACAUUUUCAUUCUUCAGUAAACAGUGAAAGGAUUUUCAAUCAUGAGUGUUUCAAAUAAUUAUUAGUCCAUCAGUACUGUGUAUGUGUAAUGCUGUACGGCUUAACCUAAACUGACAUUAUGGCUCCACAUGUUUUUUUCUAGUACAUUGUGGUUUUCACAUUAGUGAGCAUUAUUUAACUCGGCCGUUUAUAUUAAAUGCGACUUAUGUAGUGAAAAUAACAUUAUGUUUUCAAGAAUCUCAGUUAAGUCGAGCUUGUUCGAGCCGUUUCAAAGAGUAACCGAAAAAAUACGCUUUUGUAACUGGUAGCACAUCCAGGUGUAUAAUUUCACAGGAUUUUGGAGCAACUAUUAUCAGUGGUCACUUUCUUGUAUAUAAUGAAAAAAAAAGAUGUACGUUUUUGAAAAUGGUUUGACAAUACCUACUGGUAUACGUGGCAGGUGAAUUUCUUUUCUCUGUUUGUUUUUAUAUAAACAUAAUUAUAAAGUAUUUCAUUGGUCAUUUUACAACAGUUUUGUUAUUGGAGAAGUUAGAGCUUAUUAUUUGAACAUAUUUUAAAACUGAAAAAUAAAAGAUGGUCAUGUAUAUACCAUGUAAAUACGGGUAUGUGAAGCCGACUAACUUUAUCAACCUUUACCUGUCUGAUGUUGUUUUUGUGUUGAAGAUUCCCUAUAAGGUGAAAUCUAUAAGGUGCUUUUUAUUAUUCUAACCAGUGCUGAGAUGAAUGUUUCUCUCCAUGUUACCAAAUGUAGAAGUUUUUCAGAGGACGUAAUUUUGUUUUUAAUAGCAAGUGACCAAUGUCAUUUGAAAUCUGAGGUGUUUUAAUUGGUUCUGGUGCUGAUGCUGAGACACUGAAUGUGUCCCUUAUCCACCCACUCAUUUUAAAAUGAACUCCUAUACAGUAUUGUAGUCAACAAGGUUCAUCUUGGUUUCCUUUUUGUUUGUUUUCGUACUUUGCAUCUUACAUAUUCAAGAAUAACAAUCAUGUAUACAGAAAAUGGGUAAGGUUAGGAAUCAUUUGAAGAAGCAAAAUGUGCAGAUUCACAGUGUUUUAUUUUUCAUUAGUUUUUUGUUUACUUUGAGUUUUAGUAAUGCUGCAAUUUCAAAAGGGUAUUGACACAAUUAUUAUUUAUAGUUGCACAAGAUUAUUUUUUGAAAUGAGAGAAUAUUUAUAUAUGUAUAAGUGAAUCCUGUGGAUUUAAAUUGUUUCAGCUAGACUGAUUAAUGUUUCCAACCUUAAAAUUUCUAACCUAUUUUAAGUCUUAAAGGACACAACAUUUACAAACUGUUGUCUUAUAAGAGAGAAAAACUGAUUCAUAUUGAAUCAUUUGAUAACUUCUUUGUAGAAGAAUAACUUCGAAAAUCUGUUGAGGACAUGGGGAAACUGUUCCUUUCCAAACUGUAAUCACACAUGUGAUGUAAGAUUUAAGAGUAAUUUAUAGCUUUUAAAUUGGUUAAGGUAUUGCUUAGUGGUUUUACACAAUAUGUUUACUUGGAAAUGGUGGUCCGUUACAGUUAAGAGUAGGAUUAAGGUUUACAUUUUUGUUGCAAUGUUUUUUUAUGUUAUAUUUUUUAUUUUUCUAAUUCACAAGUGACUGGCUCAUUUUAGAUUAAUUUUACAUGGAUACUGCUGCAUUUGUUGAGCCAUUGAGUGUUUUAAUAUUUGGGCUUUUAGGAUGCUAACAUUUUAUAUGAUCGUUUACUGUGUGACCAAAAUGUACCUUGUUUAAUGACGUUUUCAAAGGGUUUUUACUAGACUUUGGCCAUUUAAAGGUCAAACACAAGAUAUUGCAACACAUUGGCAGCAGUGGGAUGAUUUGUACUUAAACCAUUCUUUCUCUUUCAGGACGGAAUCAGAAGCAAAGGAAAAGAGGGUUUUUCAUAAAACCUUUUGGGGCAGUUUCCCGGACAAGGAUUGUAUUAAAUCAGGACUAGGCCUUAGUUAAAUUAGGAUAUUUAAGUCAAUUUAAAAACAUACUAUACAAAAAAAUUACUUGAGACAAAACAAUCACACUGAUAUAUUUGAAGUCCUAUCAGUGCAAGUUGUUUUCGAUCAAGACACCUCUAACAUUUCAGUUAGUCUAGGACUAGGUUUAAGCCCUGUCUAGGACUAGGUUUAAGCCCUGUCCAGGAAACCGCCCCAUAAUCUAGCGUUUUUGUCUUUUAAGAUGUUACUUGCACUGGUUCUCAGAAAGACAGUUUAUCUGAACAUUAGCAGUACAAAAUUUUGGUUAGUUGGUUUGCUUGUUUUGAUUUAUUAUAAUACCAGGUUAUAUUUUUGAUGAUAUAUAGUCGAAAUAUGAAAGUGCCUAUUCCAUUUAUAGAACAAUAAGUAUCACAGGAGAAUUAAGUUGGGUAGCUGUUGAGAUGUAUGCAUUAGUUUUGAAGUUAUCUUGGGUGUGGUAGAGAAAUAUGUAAUGCAAAAUAAACCUGGCAUAUAUGAACAUGAAAACUAAUAGGUUUGACCUGAUGAGACUCUUUUCAAAUAGUGACAUACUGUUUAGACUAGCAAACAGAUGCUGGUAGCCCAGUUGCUUGUGCCUUGAGUGGUUCAUCGUGUUCUCAAGACUACUGACAGACGAUUAGUUUUAAGCAGUGCAGAAUUGAUAUUGGUGGCUUGGUCAGGUUGCUUGUGUAAGUGAGAUUUGGUCUGUUUUGUGCUUAUGUUAUGUCAGAUUUGUUCACUUACUCUGUGAUGAUUUCUAUGGUGGAGGUGUCUGAAGUUACAAUACAUAUUUUAUAAAAUUCAUACAUUACUUGAAGAAAGUUUUCCCAAAAAUAAAAAUAUUCAUCAUUUACCUAAUUUCAUUCCAUUCCAAACCUGUAUGACUGUCUUCUGCAGAACACAAAAGAAGAUAUUUUAAAAAGUUUUUUUAACCAAACAACAUUUGCUCCAUAGACUUCUAUGGGCACAACAUUGCAUACAUUUCUGAAAAUAUGAUUGGUUGUGUUUGACAAAAGAAAGAGACAUAAGGGUUUUGAAUGGCUUGAAUGUUUACAUUUAUUUUUAUUUUUGGGUGAACUCUCCCUUUAAACAAGGAUUAAAUAAUUUGUUUGUCUAACUUCAUAAAAGUAACAUUGUUCUAAACAGUCGUUUUUGAAAACCAUUGCACGUCAUCUUUCAAGACUGAAAUCACAUAUUUUAUGUGGUUUGAUUCAUUCCUAUAAAAAAUACAUUAAUGCAGUGGUGUUAUGAAAAACCCUCCUUGUCAUUUAAAUCCUUAAUGAUAUUGUCUCUGUCUACAGUAAGCCUGACUCCAGAUGAUGCUAACUUAAUUUGUCUUAAUUUUUCAACAGGUGCACUCGGUUUAAGAUGUCUCUUUCUGUCUUUCUCCCUCGUUUCCCCUUUUGUUUCUCUUUCUUUCCUCUGUUCUUUUCUUUCUUUCACUUUAUCUCUUGCUUUGUCUUUCACUUUAUCUUUCACUUGUUCUUUCGUUGCUCUGUUUAUCCGGGAAUGAGAUUCGUUGGGAUGGCUGUUGUUGCUCUCAGUGUGGUGUUUUGUGAACAUAAUCCUUCUGUAUCCAAGCAGGGGGACCUUGCCUCUGGAUUUCCUUUCUGUAUUAGCCUACGUCCCUGGAAGUUUUGCGUCUCUGGGACCACACCCUACUGAGUUCCAAAGUUCAAAAACUUGCACAAAGCCCGAGAGUGAUCUGUACUCUCUUUCACAGCUGUACACACGUGUUACAAUGAAAAGUGUUGUUGAAUGAAAAGGAAACGUUACUUUGGAAAUCAUUAUUGUAUGAGGGGAAGUGAUUUAUGCUUGGCUGUUAUGACCGCUGUUUUGUUGUCCCUCAGUCAUGUAUUAAUGAAACUGUUUUGAUGUGUCUGGAGGUUUUACACAACCUGUUCUAGAUGUUGAAUUACGAAAAAUAUAAAUGAUGUUUGUUUAGUGACCUUUUAUUGCACUUGUCAAAUGAAAACCAUUAAUAUGCCUUAAUUGUACUUAUGAAUUAUAAUAAAUCGCUCUUC